UCGGGCCCGCCUCCCAGGGUGCCACAGUCACGUGACCCGCACAAUGGCUAACAGCCGACCUAAGGCUUCCCAGCAACGCCAAGCAAAAGUCAUGACCGCCGCCGCGGGCUCGGCGAGCCGUGUCGCGGUGCCCUUGUUGUUGUGCGCGAUGCUGGCGCCCAGCGGCGCCUACGAGCUAGACGACUCCGACGGGCUGGGCCUGGAGUUCGAUGGCAUCGGCGCAGUCAGCGGCGGCGGGGCAACCUCCCGGCUUCUAGUAAAUUACCCAGAGCCCUAUCGUUCUGAAAUACUGGAUUAUCUAUUUAAGCCAAACUUCGGUGCCUCUCUGCAUAUUCUAAAAGUGGAAAUAGGUGGCGAUGGACAAACAACAGACGGCACUGAACCCUCCCACAUGCACUAUGAGCUGGAUGAGAAUUAUUUCCGAGGCUAUGAGUGGUGGCUAAUGAAGGAAGCUAAGAAGAGGAACCCAAAUAUUAUACUUAUGGGGUUGCCAUGGUCGUUCCCUGGAUGGCUGGGCAAAGGCUUCAGUUGGCCUUAUGUAAACCUUCAGCUGACCGCCUUCUACAUUGUGAGAUGGAUCUUGGGUGCCAAGCAUUAUCAUGACCUGGAUAUUGAUUAUAUUGGGAUAUGGAAUGAAAGGCCGUUUGAUGCCAACUAUAUAAAGGAAUUAAGAAAAAUGCUUGAUUAUGAAGGUCUCCAGCGAGUGAGAAUCAUAGCAAGUGAUAAUCUCUGGGAGCCGAUUUCUUCUUCUGUGCUGCUUGACCAGGAGCUCUGGAAGGUGGUUGAUGUUAUAGGAGCUCACUAUCCCGGAACCUACACAGUCUGGAAUGCAAAGAUGUCAGGGAAGAAGCUUUGGUCGUCGGAAGACUUUAGCACUGUGAACAGCAAUGUUGGCGCAGGCUGUUGGGGUCGCAUACUGAACCAGAAUUACGUCAAUGGCAAUAUGACCGCCACAAUUGCUUGGAAUUUGGUGGCUAGUUACUAUGAAGAAUUGCCCUAUGGACGAAGUGGAUUGAUGACAGCCCAGGAGCCGUGGAGUGGACAUUAUGUAGUAGCAUCUCCUAUCUGGGUAUCAGCUCAUACAACUCAAUUUACUCAACCAGGCUGGUAUUACCUGAAGACAGUUGGCCAUCUAGAGAAAGGAGGAAGCUAUGUAGCUCUGACUGAUGGCUUGGGGAAUUUCACCAUCAUCGUUGAAACUAUGAGUCGUCAACAUUCUAUGUGUAUACGGCCAUAUCUACCAUAUUAUAAUGUCUCACGUCAGCUGGCCACCUUCAUUCUAAAGGGGUCUUUGAAAGAAAUACAAGAGCUACAGGUGUGGUACACCAAGCUUGGAACAACACCAGAGAAACUUCAUUUUAAACAACUGGAAACUCUAUGGCUCCUUGACGGCAGCGGCAGUUUCUCACUGGAACUGGAGGAGGAUGAGAUUUUCACACUCACCACUCUGAACACAGGUCACAAAGGCAGCUACCGUCCCCCUCCCAAGUCACAGCCCUUCCCAACCAGCUAUAAGGACGAUUUCAACGUUGAGUACCCAUUAUUUAGCGAAGCUCCGAAUUUUGCUGAUCAGACCGGCGUGUUCGAGUACUACAUGAAUAACGAAGACCUUGAGCAUCGCUUCACACUGCGCCAAGUUCUCAACCAACGACCUAUUACCUGGGCCGCGGAUGCCUCCAGCACGAUCAGUGUCAUAGGCGAUCACCACUGGAGCAACAUGACUGUGCAGUGUGAUGUUUACAUAGAGACCCCUCGGACUGGCGGUGUGUUCAUUGCUGGAAGAGUGAAUAAAGGUGGUAUCUUGAUUAGAACUGCUACAGGAGUUUUCUUCUGGAUUUUUGCAAAUGGCUCUUACAGAGUUACAGCCGACCUGGGUGGGUGGAUAACAUAUGCUUCAGGACAUGCUGACGUUACAGCGAAGCGAUGGUAUACACUCACCUUAGGCGUUAAGGGUUAUCUCGCCUCUGGUAUGUUGAACGGCAAGAUCCUGUGGGAAAAUGUCCCCGUGAAAUACCCAGGGCAUGGCUGGGCUGCGAUCGGAACGCACACCUUCGAGUUUGCGCAGUUUGACAACUUUCAUGUGGAAGCUGCUCGCUAGUACUCACAGGCCGUCAAGACAUGAUUUGGAUUUUCUGUUUUUGAUUUUGGUUCAGAGCUGGUUCUCAUUUUGAUGGAUCUGUAUAUCCUUUGAGGCUCACAAUGAGGAGUAAAUAGGGGAAAUGGUGCACUUUUGCUGGAUCCCGUGAAAGAUUUAUUUAGAGCUAAUUACACAGGGGAUGCAGAUAGUCUUUGGCACUGUCUGUGGCGGCCCUUACGGCCCACUGUUGGUCAGUCCCAUCUUUCAGGAGUGCUUUGAGUGGUUCUGGCCUUGUAGCCUUGGCACUGAUACCGAGGUAGCUCACCCUAUGUUGUUUGUAAAUGCUCAUGCAGAUGGCUGGGACCACAGGGGUGUUUUUGUGAGCUCGGACCAUGCCUUAGUCAAGGCUUCCUUAGAAAAUGCUGAUGCUUAAGAAGAUACCAAUGAGCACUUCCACGAAUACUUGAACUUGCAGUUCUCUCUCCCACUCUCACCAUCUCUCCCUCACCCCAUCCCUCUCUCCUCUAUCACUGUCUCCUCCCUGCUCCAGGAUGAUACUUUUGGAAUUGCACAAAUGAUGAUGGGAUGAUUUGAAAAGUAAUAAACUAAUAUCAAAGCCAUUUUUGCACUAAUAAAACACAACCAGAUUAAUUGGGUUGUUUGUACUUUAAAACUCUCUUACUUCCAACUUUUAGCCCUUUUGAGAACAUUUCCUGUGUUGCAGGAAGUCUAGCAGCUUCCCUGUACGAUUCUUGUGCCUUUUGCAGUUCGUCCUCACAAGGGGCUCUGGACACAGCCGAGCACCAGCGAAUGCCUUCAUCUAUCUACGCGAGGCAGGAGGGGCCACCGGGGCUUUAACUAGCUCAGAGUUGGAUCAUCUCCUCAUGUGUUUAGAUAGAUGCAAUUGUUAUAUCCCCAGUUUAUAUUUACAUGUUGGCAAGCAUGUUUCUCAUUAGUAUGAUUAUACUAAUAAUAUCCAUUUAACAUUAAUGUAACUCUUAGACACCAAUGAAUUUUCCAUGUGGGUAAAGUGAAUUCUGGAAUUUCUUGUAAGGAAAAAUUACUCACUGAAUUAACUCUACUCCGUGGGAAUUUGUGCUGCUCUAACAUGGGUAGAAGAACUGUGAGGUCUGUAUUACUUUUGAAAACUUGAAACCAAGGCUAGAUGAUUUACUGUUUAGAUCUUAGAAUAUUUUUGAAAAGUAGCAUAACAGGUACAAUUUAUACAUUUGAAUGUUUCCAUUUUAAGUGUAUAGUUUGGUAAAUGUAAACAUUCCCUGGUAACCCACACUCCAGUGAAGCUAUUGACGAUUUCCAUCCCUCCAGAAAGUUCUGUUACACCUGUACACAGUCUUCCUCACUCCUCAUUGCAGGCAGCAGUGACAUCUCUGUUGCUAUAAAUAAAAAUGUUUGUUUUGAAAGUGAGAGGAUGUGCUAUGUACUCUUCUGAAUGGAUGUUUCUGUCAGUGCAGUGCUGUAGGAUUUGUCCAGAGUGUAAGGUUUUGCCAAUGAGGUACACUCCUCCUUAUUUUUGAAGGGAACAUUGAAUGAAUGUACCACAAUUUUGUUUUCCCAUCUCCUGUUUUUAUGAGAUUAAAAAUAAAACUCAUUAAGAGCACUAACAUACAAA